AUGGAUAUCAAUUCCUUGCUCUCCCACGAUUCGAAUUCGAAGUCUUCCGCACCGGCGCCCAGCGCCGGUUCUUCACCAUCGGGCGCAUCGAUCCCGGCCGCAGGACCGUCUCACAAAUCAGUUCACCGUGCGCGUUCAGGUCCUGGUAGGAAAAACAAGACUUCUUCCCCGCUUGUGAAUCAAGUUCUUGUUUCCAAUGGACUGUCCGACACCACCAGCUCCGUCAAUAGUCCAGGUCUGACCGUGGGCGCUGCUGGGAAUGGGGCUUCGUCAGCUACCGAUACGGCGCCUUCGAGGCAGUUGCCCACCGGGAUGGAUACGUUGGCAGAUCUGGCGUCUAUGCAACAUCACCAACCUCAGCAACGUCAACAGACUCACAAGAAGCAAUCCCGUGCGCGAAAUACCCAGCAAUCCCAGCGUGCGGGCCGUCGGAAUCCGGCGAACAUGAUGAGAGCCGCAGACUUUCAUCAGAGCCAGCUCUCUCCAUCCACGAUCCACCCCCAUGUCAACCAGAUCAAUCAUAACACCCCGACUCCCCGCUUCUCUUUCGACCUGGCAAUGGCGGAUGGUCCCAGAGAGACCGCCCAAAGGAACUACGUCGAAACAUCUCUGGAUCCCGAUUCCCAGCUAUUAGCCACAGAGUUAUUCAACAAGAUUCAAGAAAACCCCCACACCUACGAAGCGCAUGUCAAAUUCAUUGGUCUGCUGCAUGCGGGAUUUGUCAACCAUGUUUACCCACCUAAUAAUCCCGAGAUACAUGGUGAUCCGCGACAGUACGAUCUCCUAAAAGACUUGAGAACCGCUCGCGAGGAAAUGGAUAAGCUCUUUGCUAUGGGAGAGGAUCUCUGGGCCGAAUGGAUUCAAGAUGAAAGUAUGCUUGCCAACACAGUCGAUGAACGGACCUCUGUGAUGGAGCUGUGCCAGCGAUCGGUCGAGGAAGAAUUUGGCUGCACUAAACUUUGGCACAUUUACGGAGAAUGGGUCCUGUAUUUGUUCAACGCUGCAAACGGAGAGCAGAGUGCUGGUCAGUGGACCGAUGAAGACCGCGCUGUUGGGCGGGAAGUGUUCACAUGGCAAACGGUACUAGACGUAUGGCAGCGAGCAGCAGAGGCAACGCUGUGGCGCAUCAAUAAUAGUCACCUUGUGUGGGAUCGAUUUUUAGAUCUCUUGGGGCAAGAUAUUAACAGAUCUCCGUCCCAAGAAAAGAUCAAUCAUCUGCGCAGUUUGUACGAAAUGCGACUGCAGACACCCCAUGCUACAUGGGAUCAAACCUUCCAGAGCUUCUCCGGAUUUAUCUCCACCUACUUUGAACCAAGCUACGAGGAGAUCAUGUCGGAAACGGUUGCCCAAGCAUCGACUUCAAAGAAAUUUUAUGCUGCACGGGAAGAAUUUGAGCACCGACUGAACAAGGCGCAGGAGUCUGGCGACAGGGCCCUCGAAUGGAACUUAUACCGGGAGUAUAUUGACUGGGAGCUGAGCCGUGAUCGUGAACAGCGCGAAUUCCACUUCGAGCUUGUCAAUGCUGUCUUCCAGCGUGCUGUCCUUCGAUUCCCCACAGAUGUGUCUUUGUGGGAGGACUACAUCAUGUUCCUCAUCGGCGAAUCCAUGCACGGCCAUCCUUCUACCUCUACAAUUGCCACUCUCGACCGAGCAACGCGCCAUUGUCCCUGGUCCGGAAAUCUUUGGUCUCAGUACUUGCUGAGUUCGGAGCGCGAAGGACACUCUUUUACCAAGACCUCAGGGAUCAAGCACCGGGCGACAAGUACUGGUUUGCUCGAUGCUGGCGGCAUGGAAGAGGUACUGAAAGUGCACACGACGUGGUGUAGCUACCUCAGGCGGCAGGCCUUCCUUUCUGACUCCACAGAUGAGGAUCUCGAUGUUGCCGAGGUCGGCAUUCGGUCUGCCAUUGAAAGUGUCCAAGAGCUUGGCGAAAAGAAGUACGGACGGACGUAUCAGGGCGAUCCUCAUUUCCGCUUGGAGCGCAUUUACAUUCGCUUUUUUAGCGAGAGUGGCAGUUGGGAUAACGCGCGCGAGACUUUCAAGAACCUCGUACCGCGGCGUGGCAACAGCUACGAAUUCUGGCUAACCUAUUACAACUGGGAGCUCCUUUGCUGGAGCAAUAUUUGUGCCCAAGGCGAUGGCACGGUCGACGUGACGAGACGGGCCCCCAAUCCUAGCUUCGCCACCGCGGUCCUCAAACAGGCGAUCAAGCGUGCAGACCUUGACUGGCCAGAGAAAUUGGCACAGGCAUACAUCGCUCACUGUGAGGAUUAUGAAGACGCAUUUGAGUUGCAGCUUGCUGUCAUCGAGACCAGAAAGGCCUUACGAGCCGCAACGCAGCAGCAGCAGCUGGAGCUGGAGCAGCAGCAACAGCAACAACACAUGGAGGCUACCGCUGCCGCCGAAGCCGCGUCUUCUUCCGAGAAGCGAAAACGGGAUGACGAGCGACACGCCAACGGCCAGCCGACCAACAAGAAAGCGCGUGCGGAUGGCGAACUCUUCGAACAGCCUGCUGCUGAGACGGAGCCUCCAGUCCGCGAUCGGGAACAUUCGACGGUCGUGGUUAAAAACCUUCCUCGGGAGACUAGUGAGCAUAACGUGCGCCAGUUUUUUCGCCACAUCGGCACUAUCAACGGUGUGAGAAUGCUUCCUGGGUCGGACGGAAAUUCCGACAGCUCCGUCAUUGAAUUUGAGACCAAGGACGAAGCUCUGGCAGCUCUGACGCGUGAUCAGAAGUCUUUCAAUGGAAACACCAUUGAGGUGACCAUUGAGUCGGGAUCUACAUUGUGGGUGACCAACUUCCCCCCCACUGCAGAUGAAAACGUCAUACGCGAUCUCUUCCACAAGUAUGGCACCAUCGUUGAUGUUCGCUUCCCCUCGCUCAAGUUCCAAACCAAGCGUCGCUUCUGCUAUGUGCAAUUCGCCACAGCUAGCAUGGCUCACCAUGCAACCGAGCUGAACGGAUUGGAGAUUGAAAAGGGUCACAAGCUUGUGGUCAAAAUAUCCGACCCGGCUCAGAAAGAGAAGCGGAGCGGAGCUAUGCAUGAAGGUCGCGAACUCUUCUGUAAAGGGUUCGACUGGAAGCUGAGAGAGGCUGAUGCUCGGGAUGCAUUUUCAAAAUUUGGAUCCAUCGAAAAUCUGCACUUGCCACUCAAUGCCGACGGCUCCCACCGUGGGUAUUUCUUCGUGGCAUACUCUACCAAGGAAGAGGCCGAAGCCGCACUCCCCAUGGACAAAGAGACCCUCGGGAGACGCCAGCUGGCCGUGAGCCUUAGUGGUAACACCGGGGCUAAGCGCAUGGCCAGUACGAUCAUUUCGCAAAUCGCGCCUGCGUCAUCAGCGUCCCCCCCUCCUGAGGCCAAUGGCGGCAAUUCCAAGUUGGUGGAGACGGUCGGUGGACGAGCUGAACGCACUCUCGCUUUGAUGAAUAUUCCGGAUACUGUCAAUGAUGCCCGUGUUCGCGCCUUGGUUGAGCCAUAUGGGCGGCUGGUCAAGAUUGUUCUUCGACCUGAUCAUCAAGGCGCGAUCGUUGAGUAUGUCGACGUGCACGAUGCCGGGAAGGCAUCCCUGGCACUCGAAGGAAAGGAAAUUGCGCCUGGACGCCCCCUUCAUAUUGGAAGUGUGGAGGAAAUGAAGCAAAUGCAAGCCGAGAAGAAAACAGACCGGGUCACCUCCAUCAAACCGGCGAAGCCGAAGAAUUCCCUUCAGCCCGCAGGCCCCAUCAAACGACCUCAGCAGCCGGGUGCUCGCGGUGGUCGCCGGGGCGGACUGGGCUUGAAGCGAGUGACCGGCCCAUCGUCUCAACCUCUCUCGACGCCAGCUUCCUCGGACAAGGACACGAUGGAUACCUCUGCCGACCACGACCAUGGAGAGGCUGUCCCGCCCAAAAAGAGCAAUGAUGACUUUCGUGCACUGCUAGAACAAAAGCGCGCCGAAUAA